AUGUGGCUAGACCGCAUUUCGGGCCAUGCGACGCCCUCCGGUCCCCAAUUCGAUAGUCGCAGCAGCUCUCCCUUGCCUCGAAGGACCUCUUCUCGCUUGGCUCCAACCCCUCAGAACAAUCGCCCCGCGUCUAGUCGCCAAGGUUCAGCGUUGUCUCUCUUGUCGACCCCGAAUGAUUCGUCUACCUCCCUCUCUGCGCCUGCGCGAGGCGAAGGAUCCUCGCCAAAACCGAGUGCUACAAGACCCCGCCCAUCCGAUGUCGCUGAUCCGCUCGAAGUCUUGAAUGGGAUCAUUGGGAAACAAGGCAAAACAAGAGACAGCUCUCCAGCGUCCGUCGCGGAACUGAAACCCCCGGAGCUCGUGGAAGACAUUGAUUUUCAUGGACUCAGCCUGGAGGACUUUAUCGCGGAAGAAGACCAACCGCGAAGAGCUUGGCAAAGCGAUGUCGGUGCCCAGACCAUCCAGCAAUUUGAGAAAGAAAGGGACAAAUUCCAGGACCUGCACUCGGCAAUCACUGGCUGCGAUGACGUCUCCAAGUCAGUUGAAAUGUAUUUGAAUGACUUUCAGAAUGAAUUGGGAGCUGUAUCGGCAGAAAUUGAGAGUUUGCAAUCUCGGUCUAUACAGCUGAAUGCGAUGCUCGAGAAUCGGCGGAAUGUUGAACAGCUGCUUGGUCCUGCCGUGGAAGAAAUCAGUUUGUCUCCGAAGACCGUCCGGUUAGUGGCGGAGGGGCCUAUUGAUGAGAACUGGGUCAAGGCCUUGAAUGAGAUUGAAACUCGGACGGCUAGCAUCGAGGCCAAGGCCUCAGGCACCAAUAGUAGCAAGUCUAUCGAAGAUGUGCGGCCUUUACUGGGUGAUAUCAAGAAAAAGGCAGUGGAACGAAUCAGGGACUACCUGGUCUCUCAAAUUCGAGCCCUACGAUCUCCGAAUAUCAAUGCGCAGAUCAUCCAACAGCAGCGACUAGUCAAAUUUAAGGACUUGUACGGCUACAUAUCACGAGCCCACCCAACUCUUACGGGAGAAAUCACCCAGGCGUACAUCAAUACGAUGCGAUGGUAUUACCUGUCGCAUUUCACAAGGUAUCACCAAGCACUCGAGAAGAUCAAGGUCUAUCCGAGUGAUCGGAACGAGGUAUUAGGAGGGGACCCAACCUCACAUAAAACAGGUAAUAUCGUUCCCGGCGGCCGAGCUGGUUCUGCGGCGCACGACCCCUUCUCUCUCGGCAGGAGAGUCGACAUACUUAGGGCGGGUAACCAAAUGGCGAUAUCUUCCUACUUGGCAGAGGAGGACAAUGCUUUCCACGGGCUCGAAAUUCCCUUCCGUAACUUCAACCUUGCUCUCCUAGACAACGUUUCCGCCGAAUACUCAUUUAUGACCGAGAUGUUCUCCACAUUGGGCUUUCAACAAAUAUCUCGCAAGGCUGUUGAGAUCUUCGAACCAGUCUUCACCCUUGGGCAGACCCUGACCAAGCACCUGAUCGAACAGACUACGGAUGCGCUUGGAGUUCUGAUCUGCGUGCGGUUGAACCAGCAAGCCGCUUUUGAAUUGCAGCGGCGCAAGGUGCCAGUGGCCGACUCAUAUGUCAACGGAACCAACAUGCAAUUGUGGCCUCGGUUCCAGGUCAUCAUGGACACGCAGUGCGAGUCCCUGAAGCGGGUAGCAGCAAACACCGGCCGUAGUGCAGUUUCUGCGUUGUCUCUUGCCGGAGGAGACGACCUCAACAAGUCAUCCGCACCUCAUUUCCUCACUCAACGGUUUGGACAGCUUCUGCACGGCAUUUUGGUGCUGAGCAGUGAGGCUGGGGAUGAUGAGCCGGUUUCCAAUAGUCUGGGUCGGUUGACCACAGAGUUUGACAACCUUCUGACGAAGCUCAGCCGGAUUGGCGGCGACGCCAAACGGAGGGAGAGGUUUCUUUACAAUAAUUACUCACUUGUUCUGGCUAUUAUUAGUGUAAGUCGAUCGAUCCGCCGCGGAUACUGGUGCUGA